GCGUUUGAACUGCCUAUUGCCUGCCUGCCCCCUACCCGUGAUGAUCCCCUACCCCCAUAGUGAACGCACCCCAUCCUGACGCCGAAAUCGACCUACCCACGCGAUUGCGAGCCAUUCCCUGGACGCCACGUGCUGGUUCCAUUGAGCCGGGUGAAGGUAUAAGAUGGCGAUGGCAGCAUCGCCAGCUGCUCUGGGGGCGUCAUCUGGUGUCGUGGCUGCAGCUCGUGAAACAAGGAGAGUGAUAAAUGAAAGAGGGGAGAAAUCAAGAAGCGUGCCUGUUGCUAAGAUGGGUUCAGAGGGGUGGGCGAGACAAGCCGGGGAUGCCAGCGGCAGAGGGUUCAGUGCACGGCGGGGAUCUGACUUCUGCAUUUGUCAUCGAAAAUGCAUGAAGAGUACCGGAGGCGUGCUGGGGGCGGCUGGGAGCAAAUGGAACGUAGACAGAAGCGACCAUGGCGACAAGUCCCGCACUGGUGCAAAGAAGAACUCAGCAACCGUCAUCUGUAAUAGCCUCUCGCCGCCUCCACUCCCACUGGUCGAAGAGAUCUCUGACAUCACAGACACAGCCAGCCGCACUGCCACAAACACAUGCAAACCGGCCGGGAGUGGGAUAGUGAAUUCGGAACCACGAGAAGUUGCAGCAGCGACUGCAGCACAUGGAGGGCGGCGAUCAGUCAUCCUGGCGUCAUCAUUUGGGGUAUUUACGGCCCUGCUCCUCGGCCAGCAAGUCCCACAAAGUCACGAUGAACAAAACGAGGGAUGGGAAAAAGCAUGGAGACAAACCCAUCUUCCUUCUGCUUCUGCUGCUACCACCUCGUCUUCGAUGACGGCUGCCACGACAACGGCAACAACCUCGUCAACCUCGUCAUCCUCGUCGCCCUCGUCCCGGGCAGGAAAAGAGUUGUUAUAUGACGAGCAGAAGCUGCUUUCUCAGAAUAGGAGGAUGCAGGAUGUGAACGGUGCGCCUGCGGAUUUCCCCGGGUUCAUCAGGGAGGGCUUCAAAGUGCAGGUGAUUACCAACGAUGACUAUGUUACGACGAAUGAAGGGCUCAUCUUCAAGGACUACGAGGCUGGUCAAGUUAAUCAACCGCCUCCUAUGGAUGGGCAGCAAGUGGUGUUCCAUUACACGGCGUACAACGAGCUGGGUAAGAGAGUGGACACCAGCUACAGACAGGGGAAGCCGACAGAAGUACGAAUGGGAAAUAACGUGAUGAUUCCGGGUUUUGAAUUGGGUCUGAAGACGAUGCAUGUUGGUGGAAGAAGACGACUGGUUGUUCCGCCGGAACUGGGUCCACCUGUGGGACCAGGCACCUUCUUCAGCGCAAAGCAAUUCGAAGUGUUCGAUGUCGAGCUGCUUGCUGUCAACGACUGUAAGCGACAGCAAAUUGGAUUCGUCUCGACCGUUGUUUCAGAGGAAGUGGUAAAAAGUGGAACCGCAGCAGAGACAACUGUUGUAGUAGGAACCGCAGCAGAGGCAACUUCCGUAGCAGGGACCGCAGCGGAGGCAACUUCCGUAGUAGAAACUGCUGGAGUGAAACCCGGAGUUGAAACAGCAGCAAUAGAAACUGCAGCAGUGGAGACCACAACUGUAGCAGCAGUAGAAACUGCAGCAGUGGAGACCACAGCUGUGGAAGCGGCGGCAGUGGGAACCGCAACAGUGGGAACUCCAUUAGCAGCAAAUGAACAAGCAGUGACAGGACGAGCAGCGGAGGCAAUUUCCGUAGCAGAAACUGUUGGAGUGAAACUCGGAGUUGAAACAACAGCAGUAGAAACUGCAGCAGUGGAGACUACAGCGGUGGAAGCGGCGGCGGUGGGAACCGCAACAGUGGGAAUUGCAUUAGCAGCAGAUGAACAAGCAGUGACAGGACGAGCGCGAUGUGGGGAUAAAAAAGAAAGUGGGUGAUGCAAGGACCAUCGCAGCAUGUGCCGGAACCACUGAGAGAGAUGGGUGACGUGUGUAGGAUAGCGACGUUGGCGGGAGCGUGUGUAGCAGGUUCAUCCUUUAGCGAGGGCUGGCGGGGAAUGGCCACGAGAAAGCAUGCGACGAGUGAGUGUUGUCGCUGCAGUUCGGAAGUCCUGCCAAUUAUUGCAGAUGCGUUCAAAUCUGGUCAAUUGCCCAGUGAACACACCUGCCGGUUGAUGGGAAGGGAUGUUGGAGGUAGCACUUGGAUAGCGAAUAACAGGGAAAUCCCAAGCAACCGCUUUAUCAAACACGCUCAUGUGAAGCGAACCAUCAGAACGUACCCGUAGAUGCAUACCUAAAAAGGUACACGAGUCAUCUGUAGCCGUAGUUUCCUUCCACUCAAGCCCAUAGUGCUCUGAAGGAGGAGGUAAUUGCUCCCAUGAAAUAACAUCAUCAAUGAGGCGGUAAGUGAAGGCGUAUCGCUGAGCGGCUUGGGGAUCAUGUUGACGAAUAUCAUCAAUAAAGCGUGCUCCAUCCC